AUGGGGGUCCUGAGGUCUGAGAGCAGACCCACCCAUAAUGAGAAAAUGACUGCAGGCCUAAGAGAUGAACCAAUUGCCCCUGAAGUUGGACUAGAAUAUACUGAGCCACAAUCCUGUGGCUUCUUACUGAAGACAUCUCUAGAAGGAACCCUCCCUCCCGCUGAACACCUCAUGGAAACUUCAGGAAUGUUCCUGGAGAUGAACUUUCUUCAACAAGCUGCAGAAGAAUCUCUGCUCCUGUCUCCAGUUGAGUGGCUGAAGUCUCCUUAUCUGUGUCUCCACUGGCAGGGCAUCCGGCAAGACCUCGCAUGGCUGUGCUUUGCUAAACACCUGUUAAAUCACUUCCUCAAAAAAAAAAGGAGACCGCUUUGCAGACACCGCUGUCCCCUCUCGACGCUUGCUGCAGCCAUUGUCAACCCCACCGUGUUCUUUGACAUCUCGGCCGAUGGCGAGCCCUUGGGCCACGUCUCCUUCGAGCUGUUUGCAGACAAAGUUCCAAAGACAGCAGAAAACUUUCGUGCUCUGAGCACUGGAGAGAAAGGAUUUGGAUAUAAGGGUUCUUCCUUUCACAGGAUUAUUCCAGGAUUCAUGUGCCAGGGUGGUGACUUCACACGCCAUAAUGGCACUGGCCGCAGAUCCAUCUACGGAGAAAAAUUUGAGGAUGAGAACUUCAUCCUGAAGCAUACAGGUCCUGGCAUCUUGUCCAUGGCAAAUGCUGGACCAAACACAAACGGUUCCCAGUUUUUUAUCUGCAUCACCAAGACUGAGUGGCUGGAUGGCAAACAUGUGGUCUUUGGGAAGGUGAAAGAAGGCAUGAACAUUGUGGAAGCCAUGGAGCGUUUUGGGUCCAGGAAUGGCAAGACCAGCAAGAAGAUCACCAUUUCCGACUGUGGACAACUCUAAUUCUUUUGACUUGCGGGCUUCUUACCCACCAGACCAUUCCUUCUGUAGCUCAGGAGAGCACCCCAGCUCCAUCUGCUCGCAGUACCCUGUAAUCUGCUCUCACUGAAGUUCUUU